AUGAAACGCUGCAAUCGUAUAUUUCCAGGAGUUCCAGGAGUAAUCUUUAAUGGCGUACCAGACUUUCUAUAUGAGACCGAGAUGUUACAACUGGACCGAGCCCUGUGGUUCAGUCCCGAUGGACAAACCCUCAUGUACGUCAUCUACAAUGACACCCUGGUACAACAACACAAAUAUUCAUGGUAUGGCUUGGAUCAACAAGAACCGCCUGCGUACCCUGCCAUAAGGACCCUGAGAUAUCCGAAGAUGAAUACUAAUAACCCAGCAGUGACGGUUUACGUGGUCAGUCUGAAGACUCCAAAGUUUUUAUUCCCACAUGCUAUACAGUUUAACUCACCCUUUGACUCUGGCUGGUAUAUUCGUUGGACCAGUUGGGUGUCUGAGCGUCAGGUAGCUGCUCUGCUCCUCAACAGACCUCAGAAUUUAUCCAUCAUCACCACCUGCAACGCUGUUACAUACAACUGCCAGGAUAUCUAUCGCGACGAGUCUGACGCUUCGCGAUGGUCAGGUCUUGGGUCAGACCCGGAGGAGGAGUGCGGCUGGUGCGGGGGGGCGGCGCUGGUGGGGGGGAGGAGUGGCAUUUUCACCUCCAUACCUGUCACCGACCAGGGAGGAGUGUGGAGACACGCGAUACAUCUGACACCUGAGACGAGGACCACCAUCACACAGGGGAACUUCGAAAUAACACAGCUGAUCGGAUGGGAUGAGAAACGAAGACUGCUCUACGUGAUCGGCACCGCCCCUGACAAAGCCGGUGAGCGUCACCUGUACCGCGUGUCGGUGCCAGUGGACGGCUGGCCUCCUCCACCCGUCUGCCUCACCUGCCCUGGACGGAUGAUUGAAGCUACCGGCGAACCCAGCACGGAAGAACCGGAGUGCCUCGGUCCGGAGCCCCCAGCUAUAUUCCUCUGUACGUCAGCGGGGUCCCGCCGGGCCGUGCUCUGGGAUGGUGCGCCGCUCAGACAAAAGUUCGCGGCCCUCGCUUCACCGCAAGCGAAAGUGUUCAGAGUUGAGGUGCAAGCACAAAGAUCAGCUCGUGUGAGGUUACUUCUGCCUCCGGGUCUGCGUGAUACUGACGACCUGCCGCUACCACUAGUAUUGCAUUUGUCCUCGGCUCCAGGGUCCCAGCUGGUGACAGAGCAGUGGGCGCCUCGUUGGGGCUGGUACCUCGCCGCCGCAAGGAACUUCAUAGUCGCUGAAAUAAACGCGAGAGGAUCCGGCGGACAGGGAGGGGAGUUACGAACAGAGAUAUACCAAAAACUGCUGUCAGUAGACGUUGAAGACCAAAUAGCUGUUUUAUCCUACCUCCGUGACAACCUGAAGAUGGUGGAUGGCAGUCGUACUGGUGCGUGGGGGAGCGGGUAUGGAGCGGCCGCGGCGCUGGCCUUGGCUGCUGGGGACGCGGCCAACCUCACCAGGUGCCUGGCCCUGCUGGCGCCCCUUGCUGACUUACGACACCACAACUCGUUCUGGUCGGAGAGCUACGAGGGUGUGGGUGGUGGAGCGUCCCUAGGAGUGUGGCGCCGCGUGUCCUCGGUCCCUCCUCGGCGCGUGUUGCUCGCUCACGCCACCGCGGACGUGCGAGCUAAAACGAGAGUGUAUCCUGAUGAGGGUCACUCCUUCGAGCGCUCAUUCCUGCACGUGUACUCCUCCAUGGAGCAGUUCUUCGACGAGUGUUUCGGUCCCGUGGAGCUCGCGGACUGGGACAACCCCGGGGGACUGUUCCCAUUCAGGGAUUGA